AUGAACCUGGAUAAACUCUAUACAGAACGCGUUUUGGGCCUGAUCUGGAUACCGAAGGAAGAUGUCUUCACAUUCGAUUUGAGCAACAUGAAGGAGGAAAUCAAAGCAUUAGUUGAAAGCGAAAGUAUACCAACUAAGCGUCAAGUCUUGAGAACGGUCAUGUCUCUGUUCGACCCGAUGGGAUUGAUUGCACACUUUGUUGUGCAUGGCAAAGUUCUAAUGCAGCAAAUAUGGAGAAGUGGAACGGAUUGGGAUGACCUGAUAUCGGUCGACUUGCGAGAUGGUUGGAGGACUUGGUGCCGACAGAUGCAGAAACUGAAUGCUGUCAGCGUACCUCGUUGCUUCUUCAAAGGGGUCAACAGUUCCAUGCUCAAGGAUGUGGAAGCUCAUCUCUUCGUAGACGCAAGCGAACUAGCUUGUGCGGCUGUUCUAUAUCUUCGAUUCUGCAGUGGAGGCGGGCCUAGAUGCGUGUUGGUAGCGGCAAAAACCAAAGUUUCUCCGUUGAAACCGUUAUCCAUUCCACGUCUUGAGUUACAAGCGGCGAUGAUCGGAACGAGAUUGAUGGAUUCUGUGCUUAAAUCGCUAGACAUCAAAAUUACUAACCGCUUCAUGUGGACGGACUCUACUACCGUGCUUUGUUGGUUGCGAUCCGACAGUCGACGAUACCACCAGUUCGUAGCCUUCCGUGUAGGAGAAAUUCUCACUACAACCAGCGUAGAUGAGUGGCACUAUGUACCUUCGAGAAUGAACAUCGCCGAUGCUGCCACCAAGUGGAAGGACGGGCCGAACUUUGACCCAAACAGCCCGUGGUUUAAAGGACCAGAAUUCUUGUAUCAAACACCAGAUCACUGGCCCUCAGAACCGUCAUUGAACCGAGCAGAGGCCGAAACCGAAUUACGUUCAGUGUUUCUUUACCACGGAACGAUUCCUUAUUCGUUGAUAGAUGCUUCUAGGUUCUCAAACUGGAAUCGUUUACUGAGGACGACAGCAUACGUACUACGAGCUAGGCGCCGAUUCAAAGGUGAAAAAGUUAUCAAACCGUGUAUCAUGUCUAAGGAGGAAUUGUUUCUAGCAGAGAACCUUUUAUGGCAGCAGAUACAAGCGGAAUCGUAUCCAGAUGAGUAUGCCAUUCUACGUCGUAGUCGAGAAAACUGUACAAGUCCAGUUUCAAUACCGAAGUCUAGUGCACUAUACCGACUGUCGGUUUUUAUUGAUGAGUACGGUGUUAUCCGGAUGAACAGCAGAAUAACCGAGGCACCAACUGUGCCGUACGAUACCAAGUUUCCGAUUAUACUACCCAGAAAGCACGUAGCAGUACAUCUUCUGGCCGAAAGCUAUCACCGAAAGUUUCGCCAUGGGAACAACGAGACGGUCUGUAAUGAAAUGCGUCAACGAUUUUUCCUACCCGGACUGCGAGUUUUAAUUCGGAAGAUAUCAAAGCAGUGCAUGGCCUGUCGCGUUGGAAAGGCAAUCCCUGUUCCUCCUAUGAUGUCAUCGCUACCGUCAGCUCGCGUUACUGGAUUGAUUAGACCAUUUACUCAUACAGGAUUGGACUAUUUCGGGCCAAUUCAAGUGAGACAAGGCCGCAGUUUGGUAAAAAGGUGGGUGGCAUUAUUUACGUGCCUUACGAUACGUGCUGUACAUCUCGAGAUAGUACAUAGUCUCUCUACCCAGUCGUGUAUCAUGGCCAUCAGGCGAUUUGUGGCUCGUCGUGGUUCUCCGGAGACUUUCUACAGUGAUAACGGGACGAACUUUCUUGGGGCAAGUAACCUUCUGAAAAAACAGAUACAAGAUAUUCACGAAGACUGUGCGGUAACCUUCACGAGUGCUAGGACAAGCUGGAUUUUCAACCCUCCGUCGGCGCCUCAUAUGGGCGGCUCCUGGGAGCGAAUGGUGCGCUCAGUAAAAGCAGCCAUGUUGGCGAUAGCAGAUCACCCUCAUCAUCCUAGUGACGAGGUAUUGGAAACCGUAACGCUAGAAGCCGAAUCGAUCGUUAACUCUAGACCACUUACAUACAUCCCAUUGGAGUCGUCGGAGCAAGAGUCGCUAACGCCCAACCACUUUCUGUUAUUCGGAACGAAGGGAAUUACACAGCCAGAGAUACCAGUGAACAACGGGAAGAACGUUUUGCGAGAUUGUGGCGCCUAG